ACUAAAGUGAUUGAGUAUCUAGCAAUAGAAGCACAAUUUCGAAUCGGUAAACAUUAUGACUUCUAUAUUAUUGCCGGUCAGAUACUUGCUAAGCAUCAGUUAGAACAUAUUUCCCAAAUAUUUUCUGAACACGUAAUGCUUCUCUAUGAUAAUUUUCACAAAGUUACCAAUGAAAUUAAGGAACAUAUUCCACUCAUUGAUAAAAGAUAUCAUGAUAUUGUUAUUAAAAAUAAAGAAUUUUUUGAUUCCCUUAUCGAUUUUACCAGAGAAUACGAUCAUGGGUACAUGGAAUAUGUACGAAACUGA